UUGUGAGUUGUGACAAAUUGGACUCCAUACAAUUGGUUUCAGUUUAGACCAUCCAUUUACGGUCAUGGGAUUGAAAUUCUGGAGAAGCAGUAAUUCAGUGUCGAAGGGCUUGUUUUGUCCAUAUGGAGCUCACCUGUAAUCCAUAUGGCGAUUAUGCUUCCUUGCUCCUAAUUUCUUACCAUGGAUUUGGUAUGCAUUAGAAAGCCCAGCUUCAAUGAGAUCAUCCCAAUUCAGAACUCAAAUCCUUGGCAAUUACAGGAUAACCCUCCCGUCAACUGAAUGCUCUUUGCUAUGUAAUUAAAUUGUUUUGUUUAAUAUGUGCAUGUGUUAAAGCUUGUUUCUUCCCUACGAAUGGAUUUUCGUUCCAGUUCACCUUUUCGUCUUCAAUUCAUGCUUUUGUGUGAGUGUCUUGGAGCUUAUGAUACAGGGUUCCGUCGUCUUGUGUGCCCUUGCUCACUUGGUUCUUCUUUUCCAGGUAAUGGUACCUGAGGCCAUUGCCAUUGUCAUGGCUCCCACUGAUACAAGAAGGAGCUAUGGAAUAUUCAGGCUAUCAGACCCAGGUGGGAUGAGCAUACUGAAGGAGUGCCAAGAGACGGAAUACCACCCUCAUAGAGAACCUGCGGAGGGGAGUCCCAUAUACGAGCACUGCUCCAACGUCUACGUUAAUCCUAAUAUCAGGUUAGAAAUAUGCGAUUUGCGUUGAGGCAGUGGUUGAAAUGCAGAAAUGCUGCUUUUUAUAUGUGUAUGGUGUAGCAUUUUUAGUGCUUGUAGUUGAACAAGCAUAGCGCUUGAGUUGGGCA